UAUUCCAAGCGUUGCUGUUUAACCUAUAACAUAAUGUCUACACAAUGGGAGUACAAUGGAAUGUUACAUGUGAAUAUCUUCAGGGAAAUCAAGGGCAGGGUGUUAAACUGUGUGGAGGUAGUAAACUCACCAACAAUGGCAUCAAGAGACAUUCGAUUAUGUUUGGAAACUUAUGACAACAGUGAAGCACUACAGAGGUAAAGUGUACAACACUCUUGGGAGGUAGGAGGAAGAGAAAUCUGGAUAAGACUCCAUCUAUAGUGAAAACCCCACAACAAAAACAAUGACAUGUACCAAGAGUGGUCUUUUGCUCAGCCUGUCUGAGACUUGCAAUCUCCACAUUCAAGUGACUGUCUGGUAUUAUAAGACAUUAGUUCCAUUUCAACAGAUCCAGUAAACCCUGAGCAGCAAGGUGGUUGUGACUCUCAGCUUCCAACAAACCAAGAACAUUCAGAAGAUCAUACAUGUCAAGGAACUCAUAAGAGAAACCAUAUCACCAAACUUCUCGGACACUGACUCUAAGCAUCAACCAGACUCUGACCUACUUCUUAAUGACAGUGAGGAUGCAACAACAUAAGCUGAUCCGCAAACUGCGAGAGUGUGUAAUUCUAAUCCCUCCAAUGCCAAUCACCCUAAUUCCCCAAUAGGCACGUUUCAUCCAUCCUUCACAUAAACUGUACUUAAACCCAAGGAAAACACAUUUCAUCAGGGCCAAAUGGACACUAGCUCUCAAUAUCAGGCACACGCUGAUUCUCAACACCACACAAACAUGGAUUCUAAACCCCAAGCAGACUCUAAUGCUCCUCCCCAGGCAGACACUGGCACUCAACCCCAGACAGACACUGACACUCAACCCCAGACAGACACUGACACUCAACCCCAGACAGACACUGGCACUCAACCCCAGACAGACACUGGCACUCAACCCCAGACAGACACUCAACCCCAGACAGAUACUGUCACUCAACCCAAGACAGAGACUGGCACACAACCCCAGACAGAUACUGUCACUGAACCCCAGACAGACCCUGGCAAUCAACCCCAGACAGAUACUGUCACUCAACCCCAGACAGACACUGACACACAACCCCAGACAGAUACUGACACUCAACCCAAGACAGACACUGACACUCAACCCCAGACAGACACUGACACACAACCCCAGGCAGAUACUGACACUCAACCCAAGACAGACACUGACACUCAACCCCAGACAGACACUGACACUCAACCCCAGACAGACACUGACACACAACCCCAGGCAGAUACUGACACUCAACCCAAGACAGACACUGACACUCAACCCAAGACAGACACUGUCACUCAACCCAAGACAGACACUGACACUCAACCCCAGACAGACACUGGCACUCAACUACAGACAGACACUGGCACUCAACCCCAGACAGACACUGGCACUCAACCCCAGACAGACACUGGCACUCAACCCCAGACAGAUACUGUCACUCAACCCAAAACAGAGACUGGCACACAACCCCAGACAGAUACUGUCACUGAACCCCAGACAGACCCUGGCAAUCAACCCCAGACAGACACUGUCACUCAACCCCAGACAGACCCUGGCAGUCAACCCCAGACAGACACUGACACUCAACCACAGACAGACACUGACACUCAACCCAAGACAGACACUGACACACAACCCCAGGCAGAUACUGACACUCAACCCAAGACAGACACUGACACUCAACCCAAGACAGACACUGGCACUCAACCCCAGACAGACACUGGCACUCAACCCCAGACAGACACUGGCACUCAACCCCAGACAGACACUGGCACUCAACCCCAGACAGACACUGACUCUCAACCCCAGACAGACACUCAACCCCAGACAGAUACUGUCACUCAACCCAAAACAGAGACUGGCACACAACCCCAGACAGAUACUGUCACUGAACCCCAGACAGACCCUGGCAAUCAACCCCAGACAGACACUGUCACUCAACCCCAGACAGAUACUGUCACUCAACCCAAGACAGACCCUGGCAGUCAACCCCAGACAGACACUGACACUCAACCCCAGACAGACACUGACACUCAACCCAAGACAGACACUGACACACAACCCCAGGCAGAUACUGACACUCAACCCAAGACAGACACUGACACUCAACUCAAGACAGACACUGUCACUCAACCCAAGACAGACACUGACACUCAACCCCAGACAGAUACUGGCACUCAACCCCAGACAGACACUGGCACUCAACCCCAGACAGACACUGGCACUCAACCCCAGACAGACACUGGCACUCAACUCCAGACAGACACUGGCACUCAACCCCAGACAGACACUGACUCUCAACCCCAGACAGACACUCAACCCAAGACAGACACUGACACUCAACCCCAGACAGAUACUGGCACUCAACCCCAGACAGACACUGGCACUCAACCCCAGACAGACACUGGCACUCAACCCCAGACAGACACUGGCACUCAACUCCAGACAGACACUGGCACUCAACUCCAGACAGACACUGGCACUCAACCCCAGACAGACACUUGCACUCAACCCCAGACAGACACUGUCACCCAAGACAGACACUGGCACUCAACCCCAGACAGACACUGGCACUGAACCAGCAGAGUCCAGCAGAAUUUUGAAGUUUGAUGCAGCUUUAAUACAUGCAGACGAGGAUUAUGAGCUGGCCAAUGAAAUCCUGAAUGCCAUGAAAGACAUUGUAUUGGAUGAUAACCAGAAGGCAAAAGUGUGUUUAUAUGAACAUCCACAGUUUGGUGCUGUAAUUCCAGACAAGGCCAGUGAAGUGACAAAGAAAUGUAAUAUUACCUUUAGAUUACUUACCAAAAAUUCAAUAACAGAUCGGAAAUCCAGAUAUGUCUCCGACGAAGCAGUAGCGGGUGCUCGUUGUGGUCCUGAAAGUCAACAUGUUGUAUUCCUUCUGCAUACAAAACCUAAGAGUAAACGGGAUUAUGAUAUUCCUAAAGGAUUUGUAAGUGCAGAUCACUAUGACUGGUUUGAGCCUCUGUCUACGUGUAAGAACAAGAUUCAAACCCUGUUCAAUUAUUACCGAAAACCUGCUCACCUCCGAUCAGGACAUAGCAGUAAUGAGAGUCAGAAUCAACACAGCAGCGUAAAUGGAAAUGUCAAUGACAACAAAGUCAGCUCUAAUGCAGCAGAAGAAACCGUUCAACUCAAGAGAAUCAAAGAACAAACUCGCUCAAUUCUUGAGAUGUGCCCAACACUGUUCGUCCCAACCAGAGCUAUCAGGGAUGCUAGAGAAACCCUGAAGAAGGAAGGGUCGGUUUUCCUUGUUGGACGGUCAGGAGAUGGGAAGACAUACAGUGCGUAUCACAUCCUCACAGAACUGAAGAAGGAGGAUCCGUCUUAUGAGAUAUACAUUGUGUCCAAACCUGAGGAUAUGGAUCAUAUACCAUCAAAAAACUCUGUUGUUUUUGUUGAUAAUAUAUUUGGUGACAGCAGCUUUUCAUCUGUUCUGUUUGAAAAGUGGAGAGCAUGUUUCAGAUAUAUGGAGGGUUAUGUUAAAGCUGGUCAUAUGUAUUUUGUUUCAGCUUCACAAAACCAGGUUAGAGAUGAGUGUAUCAAUGAACUUGGCGACGUCCCCUUAUUGAAGCAUAUCAUUGAUAUGUCAGCUGAGUAUUGUUUAAGUGUAAAAGAAAAGGAAGCCAUGUUGACAAAAUUCCUGCAACAUUAUGAGGUCGCUAUGACUGAACAAGACAAACAGAUGGCUGUGCAUUCAAAACUGUCUUUAGGCUUUCCUCAGUGCUGUAAGCUAUAUGUGACAAACUCUGAACUUCAAGCACUUGGACCAAGUUUCUUUGAAGGAUCAUUCAUGUUUCUCAGCAAUCAGAUCAAGAAAAUGAAAUCAAGUGAAACAGAUCGUGAUAAACAUUUGUAUUUGGUUCUCUUAGUGGGUAUUUUUGAAAGGGGGAACAUAUCCUUCGAAAGGUUUGACACUUUUUGUAGAUCUAAUCAAUUCCAACCCAGCUCUGAGGACUUAAUGCAGGUCUGUGGAAUUGAGAAAAGGAUAACAAAAGAUGAUGUGGUGAGUGCCUCAAACAAGCUGUGUAAAAUGGGAUAUCUAAGAUGCAUUGAAGUAAAUGCCAUGUAUCAGUUUUCCCAUCAGUCCAUCUAUGAUGCUGUUGCUGUCCUAUUUGGAAAAGUGCACACACAACAGAUUAUUGACUUAUGUCCUUUGAAGUUCCUUUUGGAUCAUACAGCAGUUUCAGAUGGGAGUCAGGUUGAAAAAAAGAGUGUUAUAAUGGUGAAAUCUGAACUUCUCAUUGUAAGACUAAUAGCAGAACUUAGAGAAGGAGAAUUCAGUGUAUUAGAGCAUAGUGCUCUACAAAAAGAACUCUUUGUGACAGAAUUGUUUUUUAAUGAAAAGUUUUCACAAGCAGUAAAAGAGAAAUUGGCCGAAGGACUCCUGGAAUCAAAUAUACUAUACUAUUUGACAGCUUCAAAGAAGUAUACACUGUUCAUGAAGAGGUUCCUGGAGGAGUUACAGAAAAUGAAAAGUGAUGAACCAAUCAGGAAAAAUCUCUUGCACCAAGUCCUUGAAGGAUCUUGUAUUGCUGGGGAUCUUAUUAUUUUUGGAAAGGUCUUUUCAAUGAAGAUGAUAACACCGUGUCAACAGUGUAUUAUGGAAGCAGCUGCAAGUCCAGUAGAUCAUCCUGAUAUUAUGACAAAACUCCUGUCAACACUCUCCUUAGAAUAUGGCACAAUGGAAAGUGUUGUAACCUCCCUUGUUGAGAAAGGAAGACCAAAUACUCUGCGAAGGAUCCCUGAAGAAUCAAUUACAUGGAAAUUUUUUAGAGGAAAAAAUAUGCAGAAAACUCUGUUUACAUCAGCUUGCUUAGAAGGAAAUUUUGAGAUAUUUCAGCUGUUAAAGGAAUUUAUUGGAGAACCAUAUUCAACACAAGACCUUUUGUUUCCAGCUGUAAAUGGUGGUAACAUGGAUAUUCUUGAAGCCUUAAUUACAGAAGAAAAUAUAAAUUGUGUUGACACUCAUGGCAGAACUAUUCUACAUCAUGCCUGCAAGAAAAGUCAUGACCUUUGUGAAUUCUUGAUUAAGAAGGGAAUAGAUCCAGAUAAGAAGGACAAUAAAGGAGCUCAAGCCUUCCACGAGGCAUGUCAGUAUAUGGACGAAAAAUCCAUUAGAAAUCUGCUAAGUCUUGGAUUCAAGGUUACUGUAACAGAUGAUGGAAAUAAUCGGUUGUCUCCUCUUCACAGGGCUGCUAGCAAUGAUAAAGGAGCCUCUCUGGUUGGAUUGUUACAACAAGAAUGUUCUACAGACAUGAUUAAUUUCCAAAAUACACAAGGACUGACACCAUUACACAUUGCAAGCGGACACCCUCAUGGCAGGGAAUUUAUCAUUGAGUUGAUGAACAGAAAUGCAGACCAUUCACUCAAGGACACAAAUGGAAUGACUGCCUUGCACCUUGCAGCAGCAGCAAUGAAUCCAGAAAACAUUUUGGCUCUGAUAGAUUGCAAUGCUGAUGUUGAUACAGUUGAUAAGUUGAAAAGAACACCAUUGCAUCAUGUUCUUUACCAGAUUAUUGAAACCAGUGAUGAAAUCGAAGCACAAAGAGACUCGGUCGUUCAUCUGUUGAAGAAGGGUGCAAAUGUUUUGCUGGCUGAUAAUUGGGGGAAUACGGCUAUGCAUGUUGCAGGUCUUUUCAACACCCCAGCAGAGAUAUGUAAAAACCUUACUGAAGAGCAUGUCUCAUUUGACCUUAAUAAUGAAGGUUUCUCAGUUCUUCACCUGAUGCUGAGAUCUAAUGCACCAGUUAAAUGUUUUAGAUUUAUGGUUGAAAAAUACCCAAAGUUACUCAAAAUCAACACUAAAUCUGGAGACUCAGCUCUGCAUGUUGCCCUCUCCAACAUCUUACCAUUUGAUGUCUUCAAAAUGUUGAUCGACAAGAUUCCUUGUGCUAAGGAAUCAGUUAAAUGGAAGAAUAUAAACUUUCAACUGGCCAUGCUGCAAUACAAAUCAGAGGAUAUAAUUUGUUUCAUGGAACAAUGUGCAGAAUAUAUCCCCAAACCAAUACCAGCAGAUCUCUUGCAUUUUCUCUGUGAAAGCAAUAUGUCAGAUGAGUCUUGGACUCAAGUAAUGGAUUGUCUGAAAGUUGACGAGGCUUCACUUUCUCAAGACAGUGUUCAAUCUCUGCUACACAAGGUUUAUUCCUCAGAAGCAAAGAUUACCUAUCUUGUUAAGAAAGGAGCAAAUGUAAAUACAAAGAUCCAUACAGGAGACACACCUUUACAUGUUGCAGCAGCAUACAGAAGUCAUGAAGGAGUUGUGGCCUUACUGAAAGCUGGUGCUGACAUCAACAUGCUCAAUAAAGAUAACCACACUGCACUUCACAUGGCAGUGUCAAGUAUUGGGCUGAAUUUCCAAUUUGCCCCAGACCCUAUGCUUUUGUUCUCAGGUGUGCAUAGUGUCAGCAGAGACCAUAUAAUAGAUUAUAUGCUCUCUGGUGUCAGGACUCCUGAAAUGUUUAUUAAGAAAAGGCAUAUGGCAUUUCAAACAGAAGUUGAUGUGUUAGCUUACGGAAAAGACAGGCAUGGACCCAGCCCAGUGCUCUAUAAACCACACAGCAAGUCUUUGCUCGAAAUACUGGUUAAAGAAGGCAGCAAUUUGGAUCUGACAACAAAUGAUGGUUUCACCUGUCUCCACUUGGCCUGUUUGAAUGAGAAUGACACAUCAGUAAGGUAUCUCCUUAAAUGCAUGUCAUCUCAACAUAGCAAGGAAAAGAAAUGUAAAGAAAUGAAAACAAUGAAAAGGGAAGAACAAACUGACAGAGCCAAGAAGAUUCUUUUCAAAGAGGGCAAAGAUGGGGUCCUCCCAAUACACUGUGCUGUGAGAAGUGGUAACUUGGUUGUUGUAAAAAUGGUGGCUGAAGCUAUGAAAGCGGCAGCUGGUAUAAAGACAGGUAAAAAUUCUGAUACUAGGCAGACUAAACAGACAAAGAUGCCUAAACCAAGAAUGCCAAGUUUGAGUGGACAAGGUAAACAGGUUAGAACAAGGAGUCAAGAAGUGAGCCCCGCAACAAUUGGAAGUGAACGGUCACAGACAGGCAAGACUCGGUCUACCAAAAAACUUAGUAAUAGUCAACAGCAAAAUCUCCAAAAGAUAAUGAAAUCUCAUGAAGAAAAGCACAAGAAUACUCUACUUCAGCUUGCUGUUCAAUUCAGUUCUGUUGAAAUAAUGCAGUUUCUUUUGAAAGAAGGAUGGGAGUUGAACCUGGCUGAUGAAGAUGGUAAUACACUCCUACAUUAUGCAGCCAGAUGGAAUAGAAAAGAAGCAAUUGAGUAUUUGUUGAAAGAAAAGCUUAAUGUGAAUUGUUUCAACAAGGAAGGUUUGACGCCAUUACAUGUUGCAAUGGAGAACCGUCACAAUCAAAAGCAAUGUAUUGAGCUGCUAAUGAGGUAUGACAGUGCAAGUGUCACUAAGUUGACACUGAAGCAGAGAAACCUAUUACAUUUAUUAUGCAAGAACUCACCUGCUUCAGUCUUGGAAUACAGCAUGCAUAUCUUUGCUACAGAAGCCAAAUAUUCAUUAACACUAAUGCCACUUCCAUGGUUACUGAUUGAGAAGGGCUGUGAUGUGAAUGGCAAAGAUGUAGACAACAUGACUCCUCUCCACUUAGCUGCUGAGGCAAAUAAUGCUCUGCUAGUUGGCAUCCUGCUUGAAAAUAAUGCAAACAUUGAUGCUGUGGACAUUCAAGGCAGGACACCGCUUCAUCUGGCCCUACAAAGUUCAGAUUCCUUACCUCCUUUCUUACAGUAUUCAACUGCUUUACUUUUAGCACAACAGGGUGCCAACCCUCAUGCUGUUGUCCGCAGUGGCGAGACACCCAUUGAUAUACUGAUGAAAAUGGACAAAAAAACAUUAGAAAUCAGUCAAGACAUCAAGAAGAUCUGCCAGUUGUUUAAGAUCUGGGAGGAAGUGAAACCAGUCUAGGAGUACAUUUUUUAUAUACUGAUGACAAUGGACAAAAGUACAAUAAAAAGCAGGAGAGACAUCAAGAAGAUCUGCCUGUUUAAACGUACCUUUUGAGUGGAUCUCAAGCUAAUGGUUUUCCUUAUGAUUUCCAGUUUGAACCAUAUUAGAAUCGUUGCUUGGUUUUAUGUCAUGAUGUUGUGGAUGUUGUAUUUCUAAUCGUUAGAGUUCAUGAAAGUUAUCUUCAUUAGCUCUCCAAGACUGAUGCAGUGGUUGGGAAUGAGUCUUCAUAAUUUUCAUUUCUCUCACAUUUAAACAAAUUACAUUUUGAAUAACUAUGGAUCCCAGUGAUGAAAAAAUGUCUUCAUUUUAUUCAAAUAUUUGUAUAUUGUUAUUGACAAAUACAGAGAACAUAGCACCUUUGCAAAGUGCAUUACUCUCAGGAAUAUAAAUACAAAAGCUUGUAAAAUGUAAAAUGGCAUCAAACAGGUGAUGAUCUGUUUGAUUACCAUGUACAGAGUGCCUUCAUUUCUCUGGGGGGAUAAAUCAUUGACAGGUAUUCAUUGUGUGGGGUAGGACCAGGAUCAGGAGCUGGGUUAGGGUACACAAACAGGGUGUUAGUCAUAGUAUACAAAUAUUCUUAAUGUCACUAUUCACAAUGUCACAUCAAAGGUCAUUUCACAUUGUCAACAAAGUAUGCAUUAUGUUUAUUUUUGUAGGUCUACCUGAAAUAGCAACACCUUUAAAGUGUGAUUUCAGAACUUUGAUUUGGACAUUUAAAUACUUUUGAUUUUUUAAUGCUCCAUAUGCUUUCUGAUUCCCAAUUUCCUGAUAAAUGACAAACUUUGUAACCUGCAGAACUAUGGUGCCAAGGCAGUAAAAGAGGAUGGAUGAUUAUAUGUUCUUGAAAUGUUUCUGAACAUGAAAUCCAUCCUGUAAUAAUCCAUGCUGUUAAUGUUGUGUAUCUAUCAUAUCAGAUUAGACAUGUGGAGUGCAAAAUGGGACGUUCCCAAUGAUGUGCCUGAGGCUAUAUAUAUAUUUGUUUUCUUGAUAGAAACAUAUAAUUCCUUAUAAACUGAAAAGGAACCACAGUGAGAUGGGAGAUUCAGACCUAGGAUUUUAGCAUAGUAGAAAGGGCUUGGCAGAAGGGAAGGGACUGUGAGACAGACUUUUACUGCAUAUUCUGCCGAUGUUGGAUAUAGUGCUAAAUGCAUCUUAAAUAUAGACUCUUUAUUACUAUGUUAAGACUGUGAUAUGAAAUGGAUAUAUUUGUGAAAUGUCUCUCUACUGUGUUACAGUUGAAACCUGUAAGAAGAUUGUAGAACUUCUUUGUACAUAUAAGUACAAUAUAUUCAACCAUCAUGAUACAUGGUUCAUUAUGUUGCUUCACAGUAGUUUUUGUGUAAAGAAUUGUUAGAAUGCUUCCCAUAACUGACUUCUCAUUCAUUCGGAAUGAUCUUGUUGGCAUGUCAGGUGAACAGCAGUUGAAUUUCUGGUUUGAAUCACUGUAAAUUGAUGGAAAUAAUUGUAAAUAUCUUCAACCUCACAUUUGAUACCUACCUCUGGAGUGUUUCUUAUCCAUUUUGUACAGGUGCUCCAUAUAUUCAAUGCAAUAAACUGUACAUAUUUUAAAUAUAUUGAUGUUGAUGCUUAAUACCGCACAUGACUUUGUAAAGUUGCACAUAUGUAAUCUUAAGGAGGAAAGACAAUAAUAAUUUCUUUCAAAGUCACAAUUUAUUUUUAAAAAUAUAUUCAAACAUAUUUUAAGUUUAUAUAAAACUUUUUCUUCAGUGAACACUGAAAGAAGUACAGCCUUGUAUACUGUCUGUGGUGUAGAUGAUAAAACGAAUAAUAAAUAUACUUAGGCAUUUUUCAGUUGGUUUAUGAUCUGAUGACACAAAAUACUGAGAAAAUGGGGACAAAAUGAAAACAAUAUUGUUUUUGAAAGCUAAUUUACUAUUACUGACCUGAAUAAAGAAAUGAAAGCAUGAAUAUAUAUAUUUUUGCAAUGAAAAUCUCAACCCUGCUUGUAUUUUCAAAUGCAGUUUGAAGUACAGAGAGAAUAAAUGAGUGGUGUAGUAUUAUUUAGUCAAAGUUCAAGAGAACAUGUACCACAUUAAUAGUUUAAAAAGCGAAUUUCAAAUAUGGGAGUAUGUCAUGUCAGCAUUCCAUUAAUCAACUGAAAGGAAGAUGUCACAUUUGAAAUGACAUUUUGAGGCUGAAAAUAUAAUUUGAACCAGAUUGGUUGAUCAAAUUGGAUAUUAUCCUACAUUUUAAUUGACUUUCCCCUUUAUUUUGUUUGUGGAAUUUCUUAAAGUUGUUUAUGAAGAUAAACUGACAGAUAUACAGUUUUGUUCUGAAUUGUCUUUAUGAAUUGUUAUUUGGUGAUUGCUUUUUCAACAUUAUGUCAGUUUUCAUGUGUCUUUUUAUAAACACCUUCGUUAAUAUUCAGUUGAUAUUGCAACAUUUUGUGAUUUUUAGUCAUAUCACAGUAAAAAGCUGUGGAACUGAGCAUGGUACUUAGCAAUCACUAUAUUGAUUUAAAAAUGCAAAUUGGUUUUGAUCAGUAUAUCUGUUUUUAUUGAAA